AUGGAAAACAAAGGUUUUAUUUAAAAGUCUUCAAAUGACCAAGAAAUGAUCAGUAAACCUGUAUAGUCCACAAAACAAUUAACAUAAACACCAAGUGCCUCUGAAUACAAAAUUUAAUUCAAAGUAGGCGGAGCAAAACAAUAAUACGAUGAACCUAAUACUAUGAUUUCUUAAGCUAUACCCUUUGUUCCUAUGAGUCCGUAAUAACAUCGUGAAAAUGCCUCAAUCUUCUAAUCUCCUUAAAAUAAAAUCUAGUAUCAAUAGCAAUAAUUGCAAUUUUAAUCUCCCAAUCGAGAUUAAUACCAAACAAACUUAUUUUACUCAUCAAAUCAACCAUUCAUUUAAUAAUCUAUUUCUCAACCUUAUUAAAAUAAUUAGAACUCACAAAAAGUAGUAAAUUACACCAAUACCAUUGCUCUUCAAGAAGAGUUGAAAGCUUUAUAACUGCAAAACACUUCUAUGACUUAAGAAAUUCAAAAAUUAGAAUCACAAGCAUUUAGAGGCCAAUCAGCUCAAUUCAUUAAGGAAUUGGAGGAUAAGAUAAAAAUGUUAUCAUAAAUGAAUAAAAAGUUAUCAAUCGAUAAUCGUGAAUUAAUAAAUGUGCCUGAUGCGUAAGUCUUGAGAGAUCUAAUUUUAAAGUAUUAAAAUGACAGAAAAAUAGCUUAUAAUUAGCUAUCUGAAAUGAAGACUGAAAUUUAAAACUAUAGAAUGAAGUAAGAGGAUUUAAAGGAAAAGCUUUAAAAUGAAGAGUCGACUUAGCUAAAUAACUUAAUUUAAGAAUUUGAGAAUAAGGUAUAAACUCUGAUUUUAGAAAACGAUAGAAUUAAUGUACAAUUAAGAAAUGGAGAAAACAUUAUGAGUUAGGUAUUAAAGUAAAAAAAUGAGAAUGAAUAAUUAAAGCAAAAGCUAAAUAAGUUUAAAAAAGAUGAAGAAAACGCUCACAAAUAAUAUUCAAAAGCAGAAGCCAAAGCUAAUUUAUUUGAGACUUGCUUAGACAAAUUAGAUUUGUUACAAGAUGAGAAUAGGCGUCUUCAAUAAAUGAUUAAGGAUUCAGAAAUGACUUAAGUGGAUUUAGAUAGUUUAUUGGAGAAGAUUUAAGUAAUUCGGUAUGAUAAUGAAAGAAUGAUGAGAUCAUUACGUUGUAAAUAAUGA